UCCCUCCUCAACGAUGCAGUCCUCUACAAGCAUUGGAGUAUCAACCACUCCUUCCUCAACGAUGCAGUCCUCUACAAGCAUUGGAGUAUCAACCACUCCCUCCUCAACGAUGCAGUCCUCUACAAGCAUUGGAGUAUCAACGAUUCCCUCCUCAACGAUGCAGUCCUCUACAAGCAUUGGAGUAUCGACCACUCCCUCCUCAUCGAUGCAGUCCUCGACAAGCAUUGGAGUAUCAACCACUCCCUCCUCAACGAUGCAGUCCUCUACAAGCAUUGGAGUAUCGACCACUCCCUCCUCAUCGAUGCAGUCCUCGACAAGCAUUGGAGUAUCAACCACUCCCUCCUCAACGAUGCAGUCUUCUACAAGCAUUGGAGUAUCAACGACUCCCUCCUCAGCGAUGCAGUCCUCUACAAGCAUUAUAGCAUCGACCACACCCUCCCCAACGAUGCAGACCUCUACAAGCGUUGGAGCAUCAACCAAUCCCUCCUUAACGAUGCAGUCCUCGACAAGCAUUGAAGUAUCAACCACUCCCUCCUCAGCGAUGCAGUCCUCGACAAGCACUGGGGCAUCCGCCACUCCCUUUUCGACGACGCAGGCCUCAACAAUUACCCCAACGCUAACUACUUCAACUACACCUAAAACUCCAGUCCUAACAAUUACAACUCCAGUUCCAACUACAACAACUCCGGCUGCAGAAACUGGAAUCAACCCAGGGGCAAGUUUUGUUCGAAUUUUCGUCUUGACGAUUGAUUUCGACUACGGAUCAGACAUUUUAAACUCGACCAGCGAGGCUCAUAAGAAGCUUGUGAAAGCAGUUGUGUCUUUCAUGCGAAAUGUUAUGAAUUUCUUCUUCCAUAUUGAAUACCAAGUUACAGGGAUAAGACGAGGUUCUGCCAUUGUUGACGUGAAAUUCAGCGUUUCUUUAGCAGACUUAAACAAUGCAUCAGCUGCCUCUGAUGGGAGUUUCGACCUCGAAGCCGCAAUGGUCUCGAAAGCGUUGGACGCAUCGGCUCACAACGUCACUGUUGAUAAUAACCCCGUGAACUAUACGGGAAUGGUGAUUAGUCUACAAAAGGACGCCUUUCAGACUAACUUCACAACGUGUGACGCCAAGCCUUGCAACCCGGGACUCCAGUGCCGUAACUUGCAGCCAGACAAGCCGUACGCCUUUGUCUUCACUUGUCUCGCUAAAUGCAAGGAUUACUCUUGUGGCAUUUUCAGCGAAUGCAAUCUGAAUGAUGAGGGAGAACCUUUCUGUGCAUACGUCGACUCAACACUCAAACUCUUCAUUGGAUUAUCUAUCGCCGGUUUCUUCGUCCUCAUCAUCAUUAUUGGUAUCAUUUGCUUGUUCUUUAAGUUGAGGAGGUCGAGAAAGGACGACGGGGAGAGCGACACGACAUCCUCCGAAAGUAUUCAUGAAGCACCCUCAGCCAGGAAUAUUGCGUUUUUGGAUGGCCAUGACCAGUCGAGCAUACAGUACGAUUACUUCGACGCGUACCUGGGUUGCAAACAUGACUCUCUUGGUAAACCGAUAAGGAUUCCUCGUCCCAAAGUCAGUGCCAAGAAGCUUGGCUUACACCACAUGGCGAGGUCAUCGGACGAGGGCUCAUCAAGCUCACCGGACGAGGGAACCAACACUGAGAUUUAAGACUUGGCGACACUUUGAAAAAACGUAGUAUUAGUCAGUGCCGAGCGAAUAAACUGUCGACGUUAAACAUUUUAUCUCCAAGGACAUCGUUUCGAGAUUGUGUGAUAUUUUUUGAGAUUUCCCUUCCAAUUCGGAAGGAAAGCUGAUUGUCCUUGGGGAAACUUUCGUCAUGAACUGGCACGGGGUGGCUGUCAGGUGACUACAGCAACAACCACAACGAACGACACGAGCGCCCCGCGCGGGGGUUUAGUGUCCUUAUCUCGUCUGUCAUCGUUUCGUGGACUCGAGGAACUGUUCCUCCGGUUGCAAUCUUCCAAUUUAGGUGCUCCUUACUAAACAUCAUUGUGUAAAUAUAUUUAUAAUUUUGUGUACAUACAUGUAGAAACUCAGGAGCAAAUUUUAACAUGAUUCGAAAUGUCGGGUGUGGGCAACUUGCGAAAAUGUAGGCGUUACUGGAAUUAGAAUCUGAUAGCGAAUUAUUGGCUCCUCUUGCGAGCCAACUUAAAUUCGAAACAGCAUCGGAAAGCUCUUCGCAGAAUGCUCUGCGAAUGAGGAGGGGGGGGGGGGUUAUUGUUAGAAAACCAACUUAAAGGCCGGAAGGUUUUAUCUGGAAUAACUUAACAUUCAUUUGAUAGAGGGCGCCUCUCAAUUCUUCUGGUACACCUGAAGAAAGUUCCGUAUUGCACAGUCAUUGUCAAUGCUUUUCAUUGAGAUAAAUGGUCGUAUUCCACAAACAUUUUGUAAUUUCGGUAACGCCUAUCUUGUUAUUCUUGUAACUGAACGAUGUGGGCUGGACCCAUGCCAAGUCAAGUAUUAGGGUAAACCUUCAUACCUGGUGAUACUAUUCAUAAUUAUAUUUCCUUAUAUUGAUGUAUAUACAUGUACUGCGGCAAAAGAAAUAUCUGGACGCCGCGUCGAGCAAGCACAUUAAGAGAUUUCCAAAAGCAAAUUGUGCGGUUAGUUCCGGUGGAUUAAUCAAUUAAAAUGGCCAAAUUCUGCAUCCCCGUUGUGUUCAUUUGCAAUCAGCCAAUCAGAAGGCUCGAAAGCGGGGUUAUUUCCGGUCAAUUUACGCUUUUGGAAAUGGGUGAAUAGUGUAGUUUAUUUUCGACAAAAUGUGAUGAUAGUUAGCGACUGUAACCAGUCCCUAUAUAGUAGAGGACAUCGUUAUAUAACCUGGCCCAUGGUAGUCUCGGUAAUAUCGUGGUGGAAACAAGGCUGUGAUAAUGUUUGAGGUGUGUGUGUGGGGGGGGGGGGGUCGAAGGCUUUCAGGCUACGCCAAUGAUUGUGAAAUCUCGCGAACGACCAAACGAGUUAUGUACUGGAAAUUACCGAGACUGUACAAUCCUACGAUCCUGUAUUUGCAUGGUAAGGCCGAGUCUACACUGACGAAAUCUAGGUGAUGACGACCAACCUAGUCGAGCUCAAAACCUACCGUACAUCAUCCUGUAGUUUGAGAAGCGAUAUGCGUGUAAUAGAAAACGUUGAAUAACGAAUGAUAGUGUGGCCUCAUAAGAUCAACUCUGUAUUUCUUUCUUCGUUGUUUUCAUGCAAAUUAUAACAUUUCUCAUUUUGCUGAGACCAUGCGCCGUCAGCAGAUAUAUUACAUUAUACAUAUCCAAGUCUCAGCCACGAAGCUGAAAAUGAUGAAAAAGAAGAAAAGAUGAUGACGAUAGAAUGUCUAAGGCGGUCCAUCAAGAAUGUGUGAAUAAAUCUAUUUAUUAUGUUAUG